AUGAGAUUAGAUCAUGCCUCGCACAUAGAAGACGCUUCCCAAUCUGCUCUGGAUGAGUGUCCCAUUGGGUCGGACACACACCAUGCAGAGAAGGCCAGAGUCGUUAUACAAGGAGAGCUUGAUGGAAAUGAGCGCAUGGACCGUGAACGAAAGGCAAUCCUCAGGUCUGCCCUGCAAUUUGUGGAUGUUACGGGGCAGAGGAGAACCUCAGUUCCCGAUAAAUCCUCGCCGUUAGAAGUGCCGCAUGAGGAUUUUCAACGUGUCUGUCCAUUCAUUGCCCCAUCACCAGAGCUGUUUUACAUGCUUCUUCCAGAGCCGACAGCUACCAUCGGACGUUCUGGUUCCAUUCAAUGGCCGGACCAUAUCUCGGAUAAAACACUAGAGAAGAUGGCUUCAUCCAUUCUCAGUGACAAUGACCUUGAGCAUGGGCAGGUAUUUUACCAGUAUUGUAUAUGCAUUUAUGUGAAGGCCAUCUUCCAUCUCUAUCAAAAACCGAGAACGUAUAAGGAUCCCCGCAUCAACGCACAAUUUCUGAAAUCCAAGAAAUUAUAUGAAACAUAUGCCUUCGGCGCGCUCAAGAGGCUCAAUUUCUUGAAUGCCCCAACUCUUCCUUUCAUUCAGUCGUUGAUAUCAGCUGCAUUUUUCAUGCAGUAUCUUGGCAACAUGAGCCAAUCCUGGAUUCUCAACUCAUACGCUGCUCGUCUGAUUACCGCUCUGGGCUAUCAUGAAAUGCGCAAUCCGCUUGGGACUGCAGACCUCGAUGAAGAGAUCCAUAGCGCUGUAUGCUGGUGCUUUUACCUUGACCGAACUCUGAGCACCCUUCUUUACCGACCACUGUCACUGCCCGAGCCUCACAUCUCUCCCAUGGAUCUAAUUAGUGACAACCAAUCUCUGCCACAUCUCCCAUUAAUACGAAUUUUGUUGGAUUUAGCUCAGGUCCAAGGAGAGCUGCUGAAUUGCGGAAUGGCGGAUAACACUCGCCAAAUAAUCGCCAAUCAUUCGAGACUCCAAGAACGAAUGGAGGUCAUAUAUUCAAGGUUGCAAUCUGGUCAAGCCUCAGCACCAGACUGUAUCGCCAUCGAUUGGAUUUCAGGUGAAUUUUGUUAUUACGCGAUUCUGGUUGAUAUUCUUCGAUCACGAUUAAAAUGUGCCUUUUCUCCUUUGACACACAAGGAAUGUGUGUCGUAUUCUCGCAAAUCUCUCAGGGCACUGCAUCACCUUCAGAGGAACAUCGCGGAUACCCCGGGCUUCAUGGAUCCCUAUCCCUCAUUCCUAACAUGGACUGUUCUUCUAUACCCCUUAAGUCCAUUCUUCGUUCUCUUCUGCAACAUCAUCGGAGAACUAGACAUGGAUGACUACAAUCUAAUGCAAGACAUCACGCAAAGCUUGUCUCAGUUCGCCGCAAGUCCAUACAUCUCAAAACUGCUGAAACUUCUGUACUACUUGCAGAAUCUCUGUGUACCAUUGAUCGAAGCCAAACAGCUCAUGGGCCCGCAGCUCAAGGUCCCUACUUUGUACCCUUCAAUGACUGGGACUUGGCACGACCAUCAAACUAGUACUAAUGAGCAUGCACAUUUCUUCAUGGCUGGCUCUCCAUAUAUGGAUCCUGUCUCUGGAGCAAACCCUCAGCAAUUGCAAACACCCAGUGAUGGAAGCUAUGCACCUGCACCUGAUGAUGCGUUGAUGUGGCAAUUAUUUAAUAGCCAACUCUCGCUGGAGUGGUUCGAGUCUGACCCUUUUUGUUAUUGA